GGGGGGCAGCGGGACGCCCGGCCGCAGGCCUGCGGCGGGAGCGCACGGGGUCCCUCUGCCGCCCUGGCCGCGGGACGGAGCCAAAGCAGCGGCUGUGAUGCGGGUUCACGGAAAGUUUCUGCUGCAGAAGGGGCCGCACAGAAACUGCCUACAAGUGCAGCUUCUCGCCAAGCGGCGGUGCUGGGAGCCGGAGGGUGCGGGCUUCAGAGAACGAGCUUGCUGUCGUGGGCACCGGAGGGCACUGCUGCACGGCACGGAUGUGGCGGGCCUCUGCGGAAGGCAAACUGCUCAGUCUUCAGGGCACGCGGCUCGGGCAUGAUUAGAAACGGGGGUGGAAAUAGUUCUCGCGGUCGUCACGUUCGCUAUGCACGUACCAUUGCCCUUUGGAUGGUGCAGUGAUGUCUGACUACUGAAUUGGAAGGGUAUGAGAGGAGCACAGAUAUUUUUUUGUCUCCUGCGAGACUGGCAUAUACAGGAAUUAAACACCCUGGGACAAAAUGGGGCAAGUACAACGCUUGCAACUACUUGCAACCAAACAAGUUUUCCUGAAAGAUGUCCUUUACUUUUGGUGCUUUUCACAUCCAUUUUCUGUCACCUUGCUGCAUCCCUCCCCUUACCUCCAGAGAGGGAUCACCUUCGGCCCAGGAUAGAUCUGGUUGCGUUUAUGAUUGACAUCAAGAGCAAAUACAGCUUGAAGAAUGUUGAAGCUUCCCUAGCGUAUGUGGAUGACAGCUUCUUCCUGGGGAAAGUAUGCUUUCUUGUCACUGGGGUUGGCAGGGUGAAUUACUGCAGCGUAGAGAUGAAUGCCAUCCGGAACCUGGGAGAAGUCUACUGCAGCCCUGUGCUAUUCUGUGAGCUGGAGGUGGAAGGGUCACAAGUUGCCACUGCUCAGCGACUUCUCCGGAUGUUAGAGAUCUGUGCUGGUCACGUACCAGGAGUUUCUGCCUUGUCCUUUAGUUCACUGAUGAGAAACUGUGCUGAUGACUAGCUUCUCAUUGUGAGAAUUCAGCCACAUUCAUCAGUUUUUUCACUUCAGGCAUUCAAGCUGCUGCAGUUGGAUUCACAUUGGGAAGCUUUUUUUUGCCUGACUUGUCAUGACCACUCAUCCAGAGCUGUUCCUAGUUGCUAGUCUCUCAAGAAAAGCUGGACUCGUGUUCAGUGGAUAACAUAGGUGCUGGGAGGAGGGCAGUUUGAAUUGGGGAUUCCUGUCCAUUAUUACAUCCGAAUCCCAUUUCAUGAUCAAGUUUGAGUUUUACCCACUUUGCCAGUGGCCAGGAGCUACAUGUUUUACUGAGAGAAUACUGGAAGAAUGGGCCACUAUCCCAAAUGCCGCAUGUCACGGUUGAGUAUCUUCAUUUCAGUGUCACCAGAGUACUAGAGAAGAGGCAGCAGGCUCCUGCUUCCUUUCCGUUGAAAUACAGCACCUUAGACUAAUGUGAAACCUCACUGCCAGGUUUUGUUUCCCCACCGAGAGAAUAACGGGGAAGAAAGGCUGUCCUGCAGCUUCUAGAUAGACUGCACUUGGUAGUUAGUGAUCCAGCUGUGUGAGCAUCUGCCCAGUGAAGGGCUUAGUAUUUCCAUGCCUGAUACCUAAUUGGGGAGGAAGGGACUAAAAAAGAUAAUCUAGCACUUCAGCUUUCUUUUAGACCUUUAGAGAAAAAGGCUCCAUCUAUCAAGCCCAGGAUGACCCUAGCAACCCAGGCUCCUGGGCUGACCAGAGAUGAAACACAGCAGACUGGACUAUAGCAACAUACAGAAAACACGUGUCUCUUGCAAGUUGGGCAUAUGCUGUGUAUAAUCCCUUAACUAACAGGUUCUUACCAGUAGUAAUGCAUGCCUUAUUCUUACUGCAAGUCAGUAGUGUGUUUUGGAGUUCUAAGUUAAUAAAGUGUUUACUAUUUAA